GUCAGCUGGAGCAGGCACAAGCGGAACUCCAAAUCAAACCAAAUCAUUGUAUUUUCUCUGCAAACGAUGACGCCUUUUAAGCUAUUGUCCUCUUUCAUUCUUUUAAUUGUUACCGUUGGCUACUGUUUCGCCGACGGUGACCACGAAAUGGAGGAGUUCCUGAAACGGGAGUAUUCCCUCACCAAGCCCUAUCAAGCUGUGGGGUCUUUAAGCUCCUCCCACUGGGAGCUGAUGGGCGAUGCCAUGGUAACCACCGAGCAGGUGCGACUCACACCUGACAUGCAGAGCCGACAGGGGGCAGUGUGGAGCCGCCUUCCUUGCCACCUGAAUGACUGGGAGAUGCAGGUGCACUUCAAGAUUCACGGGAAAGGAAAGAAGAACCUCAAUGGUGAUGGCUUGGCUAUUUGGUACACUAAGGAGCGCAUGCAGAAAGGUCCUGUAUUCGGGAAUAAGGACAAUUUCACUGGAUUGGGACUUUUUGUGGACACGUAUCCCAAUGAGGAGAAACAACUAGAGGGGCUGUCUUUUGUGUUCUUUUGUGCAUUCGCAUGGGGACAGGCACAAAAAAAGAGAUACACUCCGAGCACGCAGAGGGUGUUCCCCUUCGUUCUCGCCAUGGUGGGCAACGGCACCAUCAGCUACGACCACGAGCGGGACGGCCGGCCCACCGAGCUGGGGGGCUGCAACGCCAUGGUGCGCAACCUGAAGCACGACACCUUCCUCUUCAUCCGAUACGUCCGCCGCAGGCUGACGGUGAUGAUAGACAUUGACGGACAACACGAGUGGAGGGACUGCCUGGAUCUGCCUGGCGUGCGGCUGCCCAAGGGCUUUUAUUUUGGCGCCACCGCAAUUACAGGAGACCUCUCAGACAACCACGACAUCAUUUCACUGAAACUCUACCAAUUGACGGUGUUGCGGACCAAACAGGAAGAAGAAGAACAGGAGGAGGAAAUCACAAUACCCAGCGUGGAUAACAUAGAGCUGCUCAGAUUGGGUCGGACCGAGGAAGGAAUGAGCGGAUUGGCCGUUUUCUUCACGGUGCUCUUCUCCAUGUUGGGUUGCAUCUUCCUGGUGGUCGUCGGCCUGCUGCUCUACGGUCACUGGAACGAGAGCCGGCGCAAGCGCUUCUACUGAGGAGGAGAGUGGGGGGUGGGUUCGGGUUCGGGGAUGGAACUUAACAGCACUGAGUCCACACUGUGGCUGACACAAGUUGGUCGGUUUUGGCAAGAAAGACUUCACAGAGCAGGAUCCUCACACAGAACUUUACGCUUAACCUCUUCUGAGCAGCUCCAUCUGACUCUUUACUCUUUUACUGUUGAAUUGGCGUCCUCAAACCUUUUGGGUCCAGGGGAGAAUUUUUUUUCCAAACACUACUUCAUAAUCCUAAAACCAAUUAAACAUAACUACCAUGUGUACCUCUCAAUGGCAUAGGAAUUCAAAGUUGAUAAAUUUUUAGCGGGGGGAAAAAAAGAGGCAUAAUGUUACACUAACAAAUUUAUAUCUUUUAGAUGGAAAGUUAUGAGAAUAAGUUGUAUUUUUUAAUGAAAAAAAUACAUCUUUACAAGAACAAAAAACACGAGAAUAAUAUCACAAUGAUAUUAAAGGGUCAAUAUUACUAUGAAGUGCCUUUGGUGCACUCAUCAGAAUUACGCAGUCACCAUGAAAAUGGAACAGAAUAAUGAAACUCUGAGAUCUCAUUAUAAGUGGCCAAAUAUUUGCACACAUACCUGUACAAUGAUAAGUCUUUUAAAAUUUGUUUUCCCUUUGGAUGUACAUGAUUUUGGCAUGUCCCACUCCACACACUGCUCUGCUAACUACAGUGUUUAUAGUAAACGGUUAAAUAUAGUCCACUACAAGUUAUUUGAUUAUAUGCGUCAUUUAAUCGUAUAUUUCUAUUCUUAUAUUUAACAUUUUGCAUAUGACCCUGCGGUCCACCCUGGCGCUAUGGGUAUCUGCCCUUUUAAGAAACGCUGUGAUGUUUUCAGUGUUUUGUCUUUCUUCAGUGGAGGCUGAAACGCUGCAUAGCUGCAGAAUUUACAUUUCUGUUUUGUCAUUUUCAUCGUAUUAUGUGUAUAGUUAGAUGUUGUCAAGCUGAACAUGUCCACUCUGUCAUAGUGAAAUAUCAAUGAUAUCAAAACUAAAAUUAAAAAUAUAUUUGUUAGACAGUACACAGUCAGGUUGCUAACUGAGUGGUUGUAGCAGUAAUUACUGUAAUACAAUGAAUAUGGAAUGAAUGAAUGUUAAAUACAUUUAAUACUGUGGGGGGUGACAUGGGAAAGUCUCAAAUGCACCUUACUAUAUGUUAUUGACUCUUAAGUCAUAUUUUAACAAAUGGAAUUUUAAAAAUACAACUUUAUUCUCACAAUAUGCCUUUCAUCCUGGAAUUCUAAAACAAAAUUUAAAAAAAAACAACAAAAAAAAGAUUGUUUUUGAAAAAACAUGCCAAAGUUCUCUAAUGAUUUGUCACAAUCAGAGCUUUUAAUUGGCCCAAAGCUAAGCUAGGGAAGAGUAAUUGGUUUAUUAUGUAUGUUUUAUUGGCCGCUGGUCCCCAUAUGUAAGUAUGGACUUUUAUAAAAAUGAAUUUAGUGCAACUUAUCACGGACACCACUUUGAGAACCCCUGGACUAUGUGUUGAUUUGUCCCCUGUUAGGCUUUUCUGACCUGCUGCUGUAUAAGGUUGAAGAUAUACUGUAUGUCGUGGCGUUUCUGCACAGUGUAUACAGUCAGUGGCCUCAACAUUAGACACACCUGCACAUUAUGAAGUGGCUACUACACAUGUACUGAUUUUUAACAUCUUAACACUUCAGCACAGUGACCAUCAAAAGAAUGAACCACAGAAGUAGAUAUGGUGCUCAGUAUAAUAUGAGGAAUACACCUAAUCUAUAAAUGAUAAAUUGCAUACUACUUUUCAAUUCCUGUGGGCCCUGUAAAAGGCCACGAGGUGACAGUUGUCACUCUGCCAGGCACCUUUCUGCUCCCUCACAAUCAUGUUUCCAUCAGAUGUCUUAAAAACAGUGAGUCAUUUGUUUUAUUUUAGCGGUUAAUUUCUCUUUACACUUGUACGACAGUUUAAAACAUUGCAGACACAGACAAAUGUUUUAUGAUGGUAACAGUUUGUGUUUGGACCGGAUUAAUUCAUUUUACAGUUUAGUAUGGGAAGAUUUAAAAUGUUUUUUUAAUGAGAACAACUGGAGCAGAUCGUGUUCCACAUUGGAGGUUCUGCUGCAGUUGAAUAUCAAAUGUAACUUUUAUUACCUUUCCUUUUCAGUAUGCUAAAGAAAGUAGAUCACAUUUAUUGUAACUUUUGCAUUAUGAAAAUCCUGCAUUUGCUGUAUUUCAACCUUGACUGUGCACUGAAAGGAAGGUUUUGUUUUUUACAGUUUUUUUUUUUUUUUUUGCAUGUUGUGUAUUUCAUGUUCAUUCCACAAGCUUUGCUGUUGUGAGCGAGUAGAUGCAGAAGAGCUGACCGUCUUCUUAAAAUAUUGUAAAUUAUGACUAGGACACUUUCUAGUUAUGUUAUAUGAUGCCUCAUUUGUUAGCUUUUCCCUCAAGAUGCCUAUACCCUUUUAUACCCUUUUUCAUACUUGCAUAGACCAAACAAGUACCAUACCUCAUUAAAGACUAUAAACAUUUGAACAGCGAAGCUAUUGCCUGACUAAAGGUAUCAUUUUUGUAAUUACAUUCAGACACCCCACCCCAAAAGAAAUAGAUUAGUGUAGAUGUUUAAUUUUAUUAAAAAAAUAAAAUACAAAUGAUGACCCAAACAUCACACAGCAGACAUAAUAAACAAAAAAAGCAUUAUUAUCCAUCAGUCAGUGCCUCCCCCUUUUCGGCGGAAAACAUAAAAGGUCUUAUUUGGAAAGAGAAAACCAAUCCAACCACAGCACCUCCAUCAAGUCAACUUCCAUCUUCCACACUGAGGUCUUCCAUUAAGCAAUACACAAAACUGUAUGUCUCUAAGUAUGAAAGGCAGCCGUUAAAUAUUCAUUUUGUGAAUGUUUAAAUAUGGAAAAAAAGAAAGCUGCUGUUUAAACAAAAUAAUGCACCAAAAGGGAUGGACGGAACAGUGACAAACCCACCAAAAUAUGAAUAAAUCCAAUAACAAACACAAUUGACUUCCUCCUCGUAACUUAAUCAUAAAUGUUAGUGGUUGAAAAGGAAGGUUAGCUGUUACUGUCUCCAAAUGAGGGGAAUUAAAGUAUAUAUACAAACAAAAAAUGCCUUUUUUUAAAGCCCCUCUGUGUACAUACAUUGUUGCUGUAGCAUUACAUUUUUUUAAUUAACAAAUAGACCACAGACACACACAGAGAGAAAGAUUACAGUACGGUGCUGUGCCACAGUACUGAGAGUUAUAUUGCUAGUACUGGUGCCCACGUGACAGAGGAAGUGGGGGGCAGCAUUAGAACAGUUAGGUUUUAUUUUUAUUUUAUUUUGUAUUUUUUGCAUAGCCUGGUUGAGUGACGUAUACACGACACUGCAGAUGUAAAAACUACCAUUCGGAUACAAGGAUGAAAUGUAACUAAUGCUUUGGCUUAAUGGGCGGGAAGAAACAUU